AUGGAGGACCGCAGACCCGAAGUCCUCGUUGUCUCCAUCGUUUUCUUUAGCCUUGCUACCAUCUUCGUGGCCCUCCGCUUCGUCUCGCGCAUCUGGGUUGUCCGGAGACUCGCCCUGCACGACUAUUUGAUGCUCCUGGCGUGGCUCAUUGACCUGGGGUUUUCCACGGCUCUCUUUUAUGCCACUAAAAAAGGGCUUGGCCUUCAUGAUGUUGACAUCCCUGUCACUGCAAGAUCGGCUCUCAGCAGCGCUAAUUACGCCUUUACCGUUCUAUAUUCCUCCAUCCUCGUCUUCUACCUCACCCUCACUCAAGGCGAGAAGAUCUUCCGCUACGCAAACUAUGCCACUCUGUUUGUCGUUAAUGCCGCCGGCCUGGCUCUCACCUUUGUUAACAUCUUCCAAUGCCGGCCCGUCGAAGACGCUUUCGCUGCGCAGCUCCCUGCUGACGCGCAUUGUACCGAUAUCCUGACCUUAUAUUUAUCCUCGUCGCCGGUCAAUAUUAUCACCGAUCUAGCAAUCUUGGUUCUUCCGAACCCGAUUUUGACGCGCAUGCGGCUGCCGCAGAAACAAAAGAUCAUCCUCGUCGUUACAUUCAGCUUUGGUUUUUUCGUAGCUGUCGUUGAUGUUAUCCGCAUUGCAUAUUUGCAAGAGGCUACAACUGACCGAGAGAUUGCUCUCCGUCAAAUCCACAUGCAGAAUUAUGGAGGGGAGGACUUUGCUUGGUAUGCAUCGCUCUCGUUCAUGUGGUCUGUCGUAGAGGUCAAUGUCUCGGUUAUGUGCGCCUGCGUUCCUAGUCUGAAACCGCUGGUCGCCAGGUUGGUCCCGAAAUUGAUCCGCGACAGCUCUGGAGGCACGCAAACGAAUCCAUCCGACCCCCCGCUCCCGCCGUCAGGGCCACUGCAGAUGCAAGUCGCAGAUGCCAUUUUCAGCGACUCACUGGAUCCGCGGCUUACGGAGAUUGCGACAGGACCUACCAUGGCUACGACAUAUACUGACCCCGAAGCCAACACGACCACACAUACGAGCACCUCAGACCCGCGCAGCAUGACUUUCUUCGAUUUUGUCAACAUGAAGAAGCCGGCUAAUAUGCUAAAAUUGAGUAACAAGGAGUCAAUCGCUCCAAAUGCUAUAACGACUGUCCUGUUCUUCCUCUGGGGCUUCGCGUACGGAUUCCUGGAUAUUCUCAAUGAACAGUUCCAGCAGAUUGUGCGAUUGGACAGCUGGCGGUCUCUUGGUCUCCACUGCGUAUACUUUGGGGGAUAUCUGGUGGCUCCGCCGCUAGUUGGGCGUCCGGUGCUCAAGCACUGGGGCUUCAAGUCGACCUUUAUCACCGGCUUGUGCUUCUACGCCUGCGGUUCGCUGAUUUUCUGGCCUUCUGCCGUGUUGACAUCAUAUUCUGCUUUUCUCGUAUCCAAUUUUAUUACCGGGUGCGGGCUCGCAAUUCUCGAAACUGCAGCGAAUCCGUUUAUCUCGCUUUGCGGACCGCUCGAGAACUCGGAAGUGCGAUUAAAUAUAUCACAAGGUGUUCAAGCUGUCGGGAGCGUCCUCUCGCCUUUGCUCGCCAAAAAGGUCCUGUUUCGCAGCGUGACCGAUGUCUCCUCGCUGGUUGAUGUGCAGUGGACGUAUCUUGCAAUUGCCUUGUUUGACGUGCUCCUCGCACUGGCCUUUUACUACCUACCCAUCCCAGAGGCGUCAGACGAAGAUUUGGAGGAACUUGCUAAUCGCCGACGAGACGAUAACCGCACCGCCCCCUUCGGAAUUCCAGUUGUUUGGAUGACCCUCGCUUUGGGCAUUUGGUCCCAGUUUUUCUACGUAGCUGGGCAGGAAGUCUUCUCUACAGGUUUUGGGGCUCUAAUCGCGACGGCAUAUGCGGAUCCUCCGCUCAGCGAAUUCACCUACCUCACGAUUGGCCGCGCCAUCUUCGCCGUCGGUCGCUUCCUCGCCGCCUUCCUGCAAUGGUUUCUCAAACCACGAUGGAUCCUCCUUCUUUCAUACAUCGGCAUGGUCGUCUUCGCCGCAUUAUGUAUGCAUACCACUGGUGCCGCAGCCAUCGCCAGCGCCAUGAUGGUUUUCCUUUUCGAAAGCGGCACCUUCAGCAUUAUUUUUGCUAUUGCGCUUCGCGGCACCGGCCGACACACAAAGACAGCAGCUUCUUUACUCACCAUCGCUAUCAGCGGCGGCGCAUUCCUACCUUUUGCGCGAUAUGGCGCGCAACUAGCAGCAAAUAGCACACUCGAUUCAUACAGCGUCCUCGUUGCGCUGUUUGCAGCCGGCGCUCUAUUUCCGGUUUACCUUAAUCUUGUCCCAGCGGCUAAAAAGCAGGUGGACCCCGUGCCGAACGAACACCUCCGGCAUACCCGCCGGCGCAGCCGCCGGCAGGGCCGGGCACAGGCUGCUAAUGUCCUUCCUUCCGAGAAAGCUAAUCCCUCUGAAGGUGGUGUUCUUUCGCGCCAGCGCAGCGUCCUCGACGAUGCAGACCCAUUGCCUAGCGUGGACUUCUCUAGUCCGAAUUCUGUGGCAUCAAGAUCAAGGUCGGACUCGGCCGAGAGUGACUCAGGCGCUGAUGCUGACUCUGGCGCUGAUGCUGACGUUGUGGAUUUUCAGUGCACGCGGACAAAGGCCGUUUCUAGUACGAGUGACGAAAUGUCACGUACAUAG